AGAGAGAGAGAGAGAGAGAGAGAGAAUGGGAGGGCACACAGAGGGGAGAGAGCGCUGAAGUUUGUGUGUGUGUGUGAGAGAGAGACAGAGAGACAGAGAGAGAGCAGAAAUGGCGGUAAGCGCUUUCCCCGCCACGUCUCUCCUCUCUCGGUGUAAUAGGUGCGGGAUGUUUGCGGUGCGCGUGCGGCUCCUGUGCGCGGUGCUGUGUGUGCUGUGUGUCGGCGGGGUUCGGUCCGGUCUGUACACGGACUCGGAUCAGGUCGCCAUCUUGACUCCGGACAAUGUGGAUGCGGUUCUGUUCAACUCCUCUUCCGCCACUCUGACCGAGUUCUACGCCAGCUGGUGCGGUCACUGCAUCGCCUUCUCGCCUGUGUGGAAGCGGCUGGCGCUGGACAUUAAAGAGUGGAGGUUAGCAGUGCAGUUGGCGGCGAUAGAUUGUGCUGCUGAGUCUAACAGAGAAGUGUGUAUAAGAUUCAACAUCAAAGGAUAUCCGUCACUGAGGUUUAUUCCCGCGUUCUCCAGUAGUGAUUCUAUAGGUGAAGAUAUCAGAGCCUUCUCCCGUGAUGUCACAGAUCUCCGUCACCUCAUUAUUGAUAAACUGGAGUCCCAUAAAGAUCCUGGCCCUCCAGCCUGUCCCCCACUGGAGAAAACCAGUGCUCGAGAGAUCGACAGUUAUGUGGAGAACAGCAGAAGGCAGAACCAGAACCUGGCACUGGUGUUCGAGGAGGAAAAGUCCUAUGUGGGUCGAGAGGUGAUCCUGGACCUGCUGCAGUAUGUGAACAUCACGGUGCGUCGUGUCUUAAACUCAGAGGAAGAGCUCGUGUCUCGACUCGGAGUGACGGAUUUCCCUUCUGUUUAUCUCUACAACACACACACUAACUACAGCAGACUGAAAGUGCUCAAAGAAGCUCGUGUAUUUUACUCCUACGCUCUACAGAGUUUACCCGGUGUGGUGCGAGAGGGACAAACUCCUCCUGCUGCGAGAGAUUUAAUCAGGAACAAGACGGAGGAGCAGUGGAGACCGUUUAACAAGACACGUGUGUAUAUGUCUGAUCUGGAAUCUGCUCUUCAUUACUCUCUGCGAGUGGAAGUAGCGUCUCAUUCCGUUAUUAAUGGAACAGAUCUCACUGCUCUGAGACACUACAUCUCUGUACUGAAGAAGUAUUUCCCAGGCAGGCCUCCAGUGAAAAAUGCUUUAAAGGCAGUGAAUGAUUGGCUGCAGGAUCAGAAGGGAACAUCGAUCAACUACAGUGACUUCAGAGCGACUCUGAAAACCACAAGUCCUGACUCGUAUCUUCCUAAAGCUGUGAGGUGGGUCGGGUGUCAGGGUUCGAAGCCGCAAUUUCGGGGUUUUCCCUGCGCCAUGUGGACACUCUUCCACACACUGACUGUCCAGGCCGUAGAAACAGGGAGUAAUGACCCUCAGGAGGUGUUACAGGCGAUGAGGCGGUAUGUCGGGAGUUUUUUCGGUUGUCGUCCGUGUGCGGAUCACUUUCAGAACAUGGCUGAUGAGAGCAUGGACCAGGUGUUAUCUCCAAGCACCGCGGUCCUCUGGCUCUGGUCUCGACACAACCGGGUCAAUGCCCGCCUCGCAGGUGAGCUGAGCGAGGAUCCUCACUUCCCCAAAGUCCAGUGGCCUCCGCCGGACCUGUGCGUGUCGUGUCACAGCCUGAAGCCCAGUGGAGAGCACACCUGGCUGCUGCCCGAGGUGUUAGCCUUCCUCAAGACUUAUUACUCCGCCCAGCACCUCUCACACGACUACCUGUCUGACGAGAUCGCACCGUCGCUGACGGACAGACGCAAGGCCAGGGAGGCGGUGCUCCGGCAGGGACAGGAAGUGCAGGAACAGGAGAUGGUUGAGGAAGUAGACAGGGUUCCUCAGGACGAAAAACCGCUGCCUCGUAAGCCGAGCAUCGUGGGACUCAGGCUGCGUCAGUUCAGAGAGGACAUCGUGGACCUGGACUCCUUCAUCAUCCAGCACUACAAAGCUAAAGCACCGCCGAAGAGGCAGGACACGGAGGGCGAAGUGAAGCCACGCCCACAGAGCAAGAAGAGGACCAGACGUGAUCUCCCUGUACAGGAGGCGGAGUUGUUAGUGCUGGAGAUGGAGGCGGAGCCUGAGCCGUACGGUCAGUCUCGGAGCACGCGCUGGAUGUUCGUCCUCAGCGUGGGGUUCUCGCGGCUGGACGUCAGUCUGUGCGUGACGCUCUACCUUCUCUCCACGCUCUGCAUCGUCGCCAUGUGCCUGUACUUCAGGAUGAAACGCCGGCAGCGCAGGACGAAAGUGGCUCUGCCUUGAAGCAUAGGAACGUAGCAACGAUGCAACGGAUCACGUGACGAUACGCCGAUCACGUUUACUGACUGGAGGAAGAAAAAAAAUCGUAAUCAACACGCGCUGUAAUUUCAACCGCCACGUCGAUUCAUCUGUUAACCUUUCAGCUAGGCGUGGGGGCGGGGGCAGGGGCGGGGCUUCCUAAUGUCACGGCACUGAGCCGACACCUAGCGCUAAUCAUCUUGCUAACACAGAACGCUUUGAAGUCAGUCACUGAGGAAUCUGACAGUUUUCUUCUUCACCAUUAAAAAAAAUAUGCUAAUAAUGCUAACGUUUGUGGAUCUGCGAUGUUCUGCUUUCGGUGUGUGAAUCUUACAAGCGAUAGAACACUGGUUUUUGAUGCAAAACACGUAGAAAUAGUGUAGAAUUGGAGUAGGUACGGAGGCAGUGUGAAGAUAUUAGAUCAUUAUGCUGUAGCACACGAGCCUUUGAUAUUUAUCAGUAGAUUUAUUGUUACAUUUAGCAUAAAUAGCAUAAAAAGCUAGCUCUGAUCUCCGCUGUAAAUGUUUCUUAUAUAAUAAAAUUACAUUUUAUGAAAUAAUAUUAAAAAUAGUCUUCAGUCUGUCGCUACAAACGUAAACAAAACAUGUGAAUAAAAAUCCUGAGAGGGAUCGUAGCUCUCUCCCGCCCAAGUGGCCGAGUUUUCAGCGUUCUGUGUUGGUGUGAAUGACCGGAGGAAGUGAAAAUUCCAGGAUGAUUUCUGGGAAGUUUUCUCCGUCCUGCUCCGAGGUGAUUGAUGAAACAUUCGGUGGUUUGAUUUCUCCCCUCAGAUCCCAGCGCUGAGUGUUUUAAACACUGUGGCCUUACACUAGUCUUACAAUAAAUAAUAAACACGAAUAUUGUGGGUGUUUAUGGUGAUGGGCGGAGUCAGUGUCUGUAGCUUUAAUUACCACAUUCAUAACACACUCUGUACAACUGUGAGCAUCAGUCAGUGUCUAUUACACAAUGUAUCAUUACACUGAAUCAGAAAUAAAAUCUAUUUAAUUCUGAAUGAAUCUGAAACCAAUAAACACGCACGCACACACACACACACACACACACAUACAUACACACAUAUACACACACAUACACUGUAUAUUCACACAUAUAUAUUUAUAUUUUUUGUAAUAUUUGCAGUAGUGAGCUUUACAAAUAUAACACACUCCCUUCAAAUGUACAAAAAAUGUCCAAGAGAAAAGAGAAUUAAGUUUAUCUCACAAGUUAUAAAGGAGUUUAGUGACCGGUUCAUCAUCAUCAUCAUAAUCAUCAUCAUCAUCUAAACACUGCGCCGCUCCACACACACACACACACACACACACACCCCGAGUCUCUCAGCUUGUAGUUGCUGUUAGUCUCCAGCAGGGGGAGUGAGAGACUCUCGGAGGGAGCUCGUGCUCAGUGUGAAGGUCGCUGAACAUUAUUCUAUAUUUAUUGAGCUUUGGACAUUUUAUUAAAGAUAAUAGACAAAAUGUAUUUUAAAUCUAUUUUGAUAUAUGAUUGCCUUUAGAAGGUUCCUAACAAAGAUCUGCUUAGAACCCUAGGACAGCAGGUUCCUUUUAAAACAUGAUUCCAACUGGAACCAACAGGAACCUUUUUUAUGUCUAAGACUAGAGGUAUGGUGCAGCAGUCCAUCAUAACAUAUAAAUAAAUACAUCUGGAAAUAAAUAAAAAAAAUAAAUGAGAUACAAAAUAAAUAAAUAAACAGAUCUUUAAAGUAAAUAAAAAAUAAAUACAUCUGGAAAUAAAUAAAAAUAAAUAAAUAAACAGAUCUUUAAAGUAAAUAAAAAAAUCUUGAGAUAAAAUAAGAAAAAUAAAUAAAUAAAUAACCAAAUAAAUAAAUA